AUGCAUCAUUUGUACCAUCAUGCGGGCCACCGUAGCAGCACGCCACCUCCUCACCAUCCCCAGACCACCUCAGAGCCACUGUCCUACAGUGGUGCAGACUCUACAACAAUGAUGAUGACGGUGUCUACGACCUUGUCAUCUGGACACGAGAAGGCAGAACUGCUGGUUCUAGGCUUGGUUAUGGCUUUCAUCAUGGUGUUCUUCCUAGCAAGAAGCUUUGAAGGACCAAAGAGUGUCCUGAAGGGGCAUCAGGUCCAAAUGGAAGAGGGGAUCCCCGCUGAAUCAGUACCCAUCCCGGGGCCAGAUGGAUCUUGUCUCAUGAAGCUGCCCAGCUCCUGCCAUCCCUUCCUGAACAUGGUGCUGCUCCUCCUCCAAGUGCUCCUCUUUUGCCUGCUCCUGCUCACUGUAAUGAUCUACAGAUCCUUCUUCACCUUGUCUGUGGCCUUGGUGACUGCCUUGUUGUAUUGGCUUUUUGGCAAGAAGAAGGCAAAGGUGGUGGAUUCACCACCAAUGGACACUGAAAUGGUUCGGCCAUGA